GGGAGACCCUUCCUCAGGAGUCGGGGAGGGCGCCGCCGCCGUUGUUUCCUUGGUUUUACUGUCUCGCUAAGGUUCGCUUCUUCCUGGCCGUGGGAAAAGGAGCACAGAGGGGGAGAAAGGGUCGUUUUCGACCUUUUACCGGUAUAACAUUGCUCGCUUUUUCUCUUUGUCGGGGGCUCUUGCCCAAUCUGUAUCAUCCUGGCGCUCAAAACACUGAAAUAAAACGAAGUGACAGGGUUUCCCCCUCAGAUGGGUCAUUUUGUGGGUCUGGAGAGGGGUGAAAUUCCUGCCUGUCAGAUGGUUACGAGAGGUACCCCAGCCGGAGGCAGAAGGGAUGGGGACGCCAGGUCUCCCAUUUCCCUCACCCUCCUCUUCCAGGACCUGACUUAGGAGUGCUGUGUUACCUCAGAGAACAUGAGAUGGUGAUGGAGUUCACUGUUUAUGAAGCGGAGUAGUAUGUUCUCACAGCAUGGUCAGAGUGCCAAUGCUGUGGAUGAUAUGUUAGAUUCAGAAAACAACCGCAUGGCAGAAAACCUAGCGACCAAAGUCACUCGGCUAAAAUCGCUUGCACUGGAUAUUGACAAAGAUGCUGAGGAUCAAAAUCACUAUCUGGAUGGCAUGGAUUCUGAUUUCAUGAGUGUAACUGGCCUUCUGACAGGGAGUGUCAAGCGUUUCUCCACUAUGACCCGUUCAGGAAGGGACAAUCGCAGGCUUCUUUGUUAUGUCUCUGCUGGACUGGUGGCUGUCUUCUUCAUCCUCUAUUACUUGGUGACAAGAUCACGGACCUGAGAGGCAUUGCCAACAUUUGUGCUGAUUGCCUGUUGAAGGGAAAUAACCUGAUAAUAGAGGAAAAGGCCUCCGGAAGACUUCCAGCUGUGUAUCCUCUGAAGGAUUUUUCAAAUUACAGGAUGAUCCAGAGGCUCCUCUAUAUACUCCAGUGUUCUCUCUACGUUAUUUCCUUACAUUAAAAAGGAUGUUGUUCUUUCUGUCAUUCUCCCUCCAAAAGCAUAAAUACAGCACAAUUCAUUUCCUUGUUGAAAUAAAGCCUUUGUAAAUUACAUUAUUCUCUGCUGUGCAGGAUGAGAAGCGGGCUAGUGAUACCACAUUCUGAAGUUUUAUGGUUAAACGAGAUCCUGACACCUGUAUCAUAGAUGUUCCAGUGUACAAGUAAAAGGAAGAAAAUGUUGCUUGCCGGAAUAUAUUAGCAGAAUGCAUGCAUCUCCUGAGAGCUAGUCUAUUACAUGGACAUUUUUUUCCAAGCAAAAUUGCUAAUUUAAUUUCUACUUUGGAAACACCAGCAGCUCAAUAAUAAACUAACAUUCCUUUCUGCUUGUUACUCUCAAGGACUUGAUAAAUGGAACAGCAGUGUGCUCAGAAUACUCUGAAUGGAAGAAAGAAUGAGAAUGUGCACAGAUGACAUGAUCUCUUAUGCAUUUUCCUUCCUAAUCUAGUCAGCCUAUGGCUUUGAUUUGUGUUUGUCUCUGUUUAUAACAAUGCUUGUAAGAUGUUAAAAGUGUCUUCACAUUUAAAAUUGUGUGCAAAACAA